AUGCGUCCGACAUACCAACUCCGCCGCAGGAAGAAGGCGCCGAGCGAGGCUGAAUGGGAACGCAUCAGACCCAAGUUCGAGCGUCUCUACAUUCGUGAACGCCUGACCUUACCCCGGAUUUCGGCAAUCUUGGCUAGAGAUCACAAUUUCCACGCAGCCGCCUACAUGUACAAACACCGGAUCUCCAAAUGGGGUCUGAAAAAGAGCUUCAAGCUCGAGGAGCUCGAGGCCGCCGCCUCGGUUCUGGGGUAUUUUGCCCGGGCCGGUUUGAAUCCUCCCACUGCGAUGAUUGACAACCGAAAAGUCCCACUCGAGCGUGUCAAACGCCAUUUCAAAGCUUCCUUCGGUGGCGGGGAGCAGCUGUCAUCAAGCCGAAUGAUGAUCCCUUUUCAGGAGUCCUCUGGCCGAGAUUGUCGUCCUGUUUGUGCACAACGAACAACGCAGAAAAAGCUCGGUCUUCAACGACGAUCACAAACCGUUCCCAGAGUUCUUUUACAACAAUCUGCAGAGUCUCAUCUCCUCGAAUCGACGUUGGCUGCAAUCAACAACUAUUUCCCCUGGAGGCUUGAUCGAAGUGAUGAGUACUUCGUUGCUCAGAAGCACGGCGCUAGAGAACACGCUGAGACCUUCGAACUACUUGAUCCACAGGAAGCCUUCUUUUCCAUUACGAUGGGGGUGAAUGCAGUGACAGCCGGUGCCUAUCAUCGCGCUCAGUCGCAUGUGCGACAAUUCUGCGGUCAGGCGCGUGUCCUGCUAGGCCAGCAACAUCCACUGCUUCUGGAGGCUUUGGUAUUCCACUUCAAAAAUGCCUACAUUGAGCGUGCAGGUCAGUUUAUAAACAGUAUCAUCUCCUACCUAGCUGCACUAGCUAGCAGACUAUUGGGACAUGAUCAUCCAAUCCUGCUGACUUUGAGAUUGCUAAGCUGCUAUGAGGCACGGGGGAAAGGCUCUCAACUGGUAAUCAAGUUGCUGUACGAAAUCAUGAAGAGACAAAAAGACACUGAUGCCGAAAGCAUUUUCGAACUCGAAUAUUAUAUGGCAACGGCCAGUGUUGAUUAUGACGAUUUCCACACUGCCGCAGAAUCCUGUCAGGGGCUACUACGACGAUACAUGGACAGACUGGACCAAAGACACAUAUAUUGCCGGAGACUGAUGUAUUUGCAGGGAGAGCUACACUGGAAGCAUGACUUUCCCGACAAGGCUAAGCAGAUUCUGCUCAAAGUCCUGGAACUGGAUGAUUUCUACGCAUCGCAUGCUGGAAACCCAGAUUGGAUCAGCUUAUGCACUAUGCAGUUUCUUGGCCGGAUAUGCGAGUCUACUGAAGACUUGUCUACUGAAGACUUGUCCGGUGCAGAGAAGUGGUAUCGUCAAGCUUAUGAGGCGUCUUGUAAGAUUUAUGGCGUGGAAGAUGGUGACACGCAAUAUGCUCUAUUCAGAUUGAGUAUUGUUGAGCGAAGAUUGAGCGAGACCGGUGAACACCUUGAUGAGGAUCAGAUUGAUGUGGCUGAGAUCUUCGAAGAUCUUGAAAAGCAGAUUGAGGAGUUGAAGUUGGACGAAUCUCCAGCCGAAGGAGAGCGCGAGGCCCGUGCUGCACCGUGGAAUGACUGGCAAGCAGACGUUCCGGACGCCAAUGAAAGCAGCCAUACCAGCACAGAUGGAAGCACGUACGAAGAUGACAGCCCAGACGCCACUUCUGAGGGAGGUAACGAGCAGAUGUGUCUGCGAGCCAUAUCUGGAGAUGCCAGCCACGACUUAUUCCUCGAGGGAGAAUUGGCCUGCGAUGCGAUCAAUACCGCCGUCCAAGUGCAUGAGAAGAAGCACGAUCCGGCAUCUUCAUUACAGUGUCUGCGAGUCUCUGCGGUAGGGACAGUCUUUGACCCUUCCAACGACGUGGAUCUGGCUUUCGACCUGUCUUCGUGUUCCGCCGCGGACCCAUACAUCAAUCCUGCAGCGGCGCUGUUCGGUGUUUCAGACCUACCGUCCGACGCUUCGACGCAAGCAUUCAUCGCCACUCAAACACAGUCAUCUCCACAAGAGGCGCAAGAUACCACGAUCGCUGACCUAUGUUUCAAUGCCCUUCCACCCCUGAAGACAGGUCCCGAAUUCGACGAAUUUGACAACAUCAAGGCUACCGACAUGGUUGAGUUGGACACGAUGAUCCUGGACACAGAUGGCAACUCUGGCAUUUCGAACCCUGGAUUCUUCGACUGCUCCAACACACAGGCUUGGCAUGCACUGGACGGACACGACGCGGUGAACAAUCAAGAGCCCGACAUCUUUUGGGGAGAUCUAAUGUUUUUGGAAGAAGAGCAGAGCGGAGUGUAA